UCGUGGUGCGUUUAUUGUGCUCGAAGGUUGCGACCGUUCCGGAAAAUCUACGCAGGCUAAACUUCUUGUUGACCUUUUGGAAAAGCUCGGUCACAAUGUUAUGUUAUGGAAGUUUCCAGAACGAAAAUCUCCAAUUGGUUUGAUGAUCAAUGAAUAUUUGACAAACUUUAAAGAGAUGGAUGAUAAAGUUAUUCAUUUACUAUUUUCAGCAAAUAGAUGGGAAUGCAUGUCAGAAAUGAAGAAAAAGAUCCUUGAUGGUACAACCUUGGUUGUAGAUCGGUAUGCUUACUCUGGAGUCGCUUACUCAGCUACUAAAGGCCUUGAUUUAGAAUGGUGUAAAUCACCAGACAUUGGUUUAUUAACACCAGACAUUGUCUUUUUUAUGGACUUGACAUCAGAGGAAGCAGAGAGAAGAUUCGGAUUUGGUAAUGAACGUUACGAAGUAAAAGCAUUUCAGGAAAAAGUUAAAAAAACAUUUUAUUUACUGAAAGAUCAAACGUGGAAGGUAUUGGAUGCAUGCGGGACUGUUAAAGAACUUCAUGAGGAAAUUAAAAAUUUGUCCUUGGAAACGAUUCAGAAAUGUA